AUGAUUUGGAAACCUCUCUUUAGCGUUGCAGCCAUAUUGGCACAUAUUUUCCUAGCUUUAGCUGCCCCAACUCUCAAUUCAGAGUUGACUAGUCAGUCGCCAGAAAAAUAUGUCUUCGCCCACUUCAUGGUCGGUAUAGUAAAAGACUACCAGCUAUCAGAUUGGAAAGAAGACAUGACUAUAGCCCAAUCCAUCGGCAUCGACGCAUUCGCACUAAAUUGCGCAAGCAUAGACAGCUAUACACCAACUCAACUAGCCCUAGCCUACGAAGCAGCACAGCAAGUCAACUUCAAAGUCUUUAUCUCUUUUGACUUCGCCUAUUGGAACAACGGGGACACAGCGAAGAUCACAGAAUACAUGAAACGAUAUGCAGGCCACCCAUCACAAAUGCAAUACAAGGGAGCUGCGGUGGUAAGUACAUUUGUCGGAGACAGUUUCAAUUGGGAUGCAGUAAGACAGGGUACACCACAUCCCAUAUACGCAUUGCCAAAUCUCCAAGAUCCCGCCGAGGCUACCACCGGCCCUGCCAGAAGCGCUGAUGGUGCUUUCUCGUGGCUUGCUUGGCCUACGGAUGGGGGAAAUAGCAUCAUCCCAGGGCCGAUGACGACCAUCUGGGAUGAUAGAUUUGUUCAUUUCCUUGCGGGAAAAUCCUACAUGGCUCCCGUUUCACCUUGGUUCUCAACUCACUUCAACACCAAAAACUGGGUUUUCGUCUGCGAGAACCUGCCAACAUUACGGUGGGAACAAAUGCUUUCCCUAAAGCCAGAUCUAAUUGAGAUAAUUACAUGGAAUGACUACGGCGAAUCCCACUACAUCGGCCCGUACUCAGCCCAUCACGACGACGACGGCUCUUCCCAAUGGGCAGCCAAUAUGCCCCACAACGGCUGGCGCAAUCUAUUCAAGCCGUACAUCGCAGCCUACAAAUCCGGAGCAAACGCCCCUACCGUGGAAGCGGAUGAAGUUGUUUACUGGUACCGACCUACGCCUAAGGGCGUUGUGUGCACGGGGGAUAACCUCUCAGCGCCGAUGGGUGCUGGCAUGCUCAGUGAUAGUAUUUUUGUCGCGACUAUGUUGACGAGCCCGGCUACAUUGACUGUGCAGAGCGGUAAUAAUUAUCCUGUUAGCAUUGAUGUCCCGGCCGGAAUCGUUACUUCGAAUGUGACUAUGGGGGUUGGUGGCCAGUCCUUCAAGGUGACGAGGAAUGGACAGACGAUUCUGAGUGGCCAGGGAGGUUUGGCUGUUAAGAAUAGUUGUGUGCAUUAUAACUUCAAUGUUUAUGUUGGGUCAAUCACGGGGGAGUCAACGGUAUUCGUAACUCGACUGGGGAUUAGGAAGUAG